AUGGGGACAAAUUCCACGGGUGGGCGGCUUUACUUGCCCCGCAGUGUUUCCAAUCAGUCACAACCACCUGCUCCACCAUCCGCUUCAUUUUUGCAUCUUCCGCCACCACCAACAGUAUCGACUGGUGUCGGUGGCGGGCUUAUGUCUGGCCAGCAAGGCCAACGCCGUGUAGCCGGUCCUCUAGUGCCUGGCGGACCUACUGGUUGUUCUACUCGUUUUCCUGGGCCUAGCGCAACCGGAACUUCAGUUGUCACCAGCGGUCUGUCCUACCACCACCCACAUGCUCCUGGUCAGCAUGGCCAGCGGCAGGGAAAUGCCACUUCACUUAAUGGUCCAAGCUACCACCCUCCACUGACUCCACAUAUGAUGGGUCCUCCACCCCCGCCUGGUUUCUUACCCGGCCCUCCACCUCAUCUUCUCGGUGGACCUAGAGCCCCAGGUUCUGCGCUCCCGCAGGGUCCCGCAUCAGGCCCGGCGCCAGGCAGUCUCUUUGGCUUUCCAGGCGGGCCAAGCAAGGCUAUUGCUCCUAUUGGCCCCGGGGGGUUGGGAAAGGCAAGUAAGGAGGCUCAUCACCAUCAUCACCAUCCGCCACCGCCACCACAUCCGCCUCAUCAUCAAGGACAUCCGACUCAACUGCAUCCACAACAUCCUGCUGCAAUGUCGGCAGCCGCAGCCGCUGCUCUUGCUCUGGUCGCUGCGCAUCAGCCACAUCCAUCUCAGCACCUCCCUGGGGGCCCUGGCCAUCUUCCUCGACUGCCUAGUUCUCAGUUGAGCGGACGCGGGCACCAUGGUCAGCCCCAUCAUCUAGCUCAAUCUCCUCAGGCACAGCAGCAGCAGUCGCCUUCUCAACAGAGUCAACAGCAGCAGGUCUCUGGCCAGCCGGCUAAUCCACAUCCCUUUCAUCCACACGCUCACCAUGCUCCCCAUCACUCAGCAGCUGCAGCAGCUGCUACUGCACUUAGCGCCAUGUCUCUAUCACACCUCAGGCAUCCUGGGCAGCACACGCAUCACCAGACGCAGCACCAUCCAACACAACAUCAUGCACAGCAUCAUCAUCAGAACCCUGGGCAUCACCAUCAGGUCCAUGCUCUGCCUGGUCAUCACUCCCACGCCGGCGGCUUGCUUUCUACUGCCCUCCCUGCUCUUUCAGGCGCGACCUCUGCAGUCAAUCCGCCAGAGCGAAGUAGAUUGUUAGAGGACUUUAGGUAUAUUUCUUGCAACGUUUUUUUAUUUUUCGAUUCUCUGACAUUGAUGUUUGUUCUAUCUUUUAUUCCACAACGUUUUUAA